UUUAAGUCAUCGAGGGCGGGAAUGUAUAUGAUAUGUAUAAUUUAAGUAUAAUUUUAUAAAAUAUCUUUUUAAACCAACAAAAAUGGCAAAAAACAGCGAUGAUGGAAGCCGGGAUGCAGAUGUUGCAAUUAUGAAACUUGAUAUGACUCUAAGUGAUUUCAAAUUGAUGAAAAUUGAAGCACUGAGAGAUUUUCUUUCAUUACGUAAAAAGUCAACCGAUGGUGAUUUUGAGACACUAGUAUCGAGGGCCUUUGCGGCGUGGGAGGAAAAUGUGCCAGUAGAUAUAACUGCUGAACAGCAACUAAUAUCUACCAAGAAAGAAUACAAAAUGAAACUCAUAAUCGGAAAAACCAUUUUGCCAGAUCCUUUAACACUUAAGAAAAAAGAGUGGAUUGGAGAAGAGAAUGGUGGUCUUCAGGAAUGGCCUCCUAUUUAUUAUCACGAUAUUGCAAACUAUCUAUAUGGAAUAAACGCACCAGAUGAUUUAUUGCAUCGUUUAAACAAUGACUAUAAAGAAGGGAAAAGUUACAGGUAUUUCGCAUGUGACUUUGUCAAGGAGAUUUUCUAUCACCCUGUGAGUGUAGAGAGCAAAAUAUGUUUUUUAAAAUGUAAAGUCACACCCUCACAAAGAACAUCUUCAACUCCCUAUAAUGUUUGGGUUGCAGCUGAAAAGAAGGGACCCGGAGGAAAAAUUGUAAGUGGUUAUUGUACAUGUACUGCCGGCCUUCUUGGAAGUUGUAACCAUGUUACAGCAAUGCUCUUCCGGAUAGAGGCUGCUGUUUCAAGUGGCGUAACAAAACCUACUUGUACCAGCAAGUUAUCAACAUGGAAUGUGCCUGCUGCAACAAAGUCACUUCUUUCUAUAAAGCCAAUUGGUGAACUCACUGUUGUGAAAGCAAGUUACAGAAAAAGAAAAGGAACAUCAGAAAAUGAACCCAACUGCACUGCUUACAAAAAUUUUUCACCUUAUGAAACGAAAGAGGUUGAAAAUCCAGAAUCAAUGCGGAAAAAAAUAUACAGUCUUGUAAAAGACCACAUCCCUGAAUCUCGCUUUGUAGAAAUCAUGGAAAUUAAGAAAAAGAGAACAUCUAGUGUGCAAAGUACUGAUACUAAUAACCUCCUGUCACACUCAGUUAUGAAAAAAUCAGAUGCAUAUGUGUAUGAUGAAAACAGCUCCUUGGAAAACAAUGUCAGCAAGUUUACAUUGACUUUGGAAAUAUCAGAGGAUGUGGUAAAUAGCAUAUACAAUAACACCAAGGAUCAGGCAAAUUCAAAACUGUGGCAUGAGCUUAGGAAAGGAAGAAUAACAGCUUCCAAAUAUCACAAUGUCUACACUAAAAUAAACUCAGUCAACAACAAUCCAUCAGUAUCCACAAAUGCUCUUGUUAAAGAAUUAAUUGAAAGAAAAAAAUUUGAAACUGUUGCAACUAAACAUGGUAUAGCAAUGGAAACUCAUGCAAAGGAAAAAGUGAAGAAUAUUCUGAGUAAAACACAUAUCAAAUGUCAAUUUCAGGAGUCUGGGAUGAUUAUUGAUAAAGAACUACCUUAUCUUUCUGCAAGUCCUGAUUUGGAAGGAUCUUGCAAAUGCUGUAGAGACUUUGUUGUUGAAAUCAUAGGCGUACGGGGGGGUGGGGCUGGGGGGGCUGCAGCCCCCCUAAUUUUUGGGGGAAUUAAUCUAUUCGGGCAAAAAGAGUCUUGUCAUUCGGGCAAAGACGUUACGACGGUCUGGUGA